AUCGACCCACUGUCCUCACUCUCCAUCCGGAUCUUCCUUCCAGACACCGUCGUCUCCGCCGGAUCCGGGAUCUGCCCACGUUACGGCGGGUACUUGCCUCCUUCCGGGAAGCAGCGACGGCUGCUGAGGAAGCUCCCAGUGGUGUUGCAGUUCCACGGCGGCGGGUUUGUGAGCGGGAGCAACGAGUCAGCCGAGAACGAUUUGUUCUGCCGGCGGGUGGCGAAGGCUUGGGAUUCAUUGGUCGUGGCAGUGGGCUACAGAUUGGCGCCCGAGAGUAAGUACCCUGCCGCUUAUGAGGAUGGAGUGAAGGUUUUGAAUUGGUUUGUGAAGCAGUCCAAUUUGGGCGUUUAUGGCGGGUUAGGAGUUCAGAGUGGCAAUUUCGAUAGCUUUGGCGUUUCCAUGGUUGAGCCUUGGUUAGCUGCUCAUGGCGAUCCUUCUAGGUAA